UUGGCUGACGGCGGAGAGAAGGCUGUGGUGGUGGUGGUGAUGGUGGUGUUGGAGGAGGUAUUGGUGGUGUUGGAGUGCCGGGCAUGGUGCCCUGGCUGCCCGCUAAUGCCCAGUUGGCGCCCCGUCCCCGCUCCUUUCGCUUGCGGAAGAUGUAACAUCGAUUGUGGUCUUCCUGAUUCCCUUGUUGCUGGAAGCCCCCUGCCCUGCCCUGGCCUUCAGGAGGUGCUCUGUGGCUGCUCCUCAUCACUGAAGGGAGGAGAAGAGGAAUAAGAACGAGAAGAGGAGUAAUAAGAAAGAGGAAUACUGUCUGUGGAAGUGAUAUCUCACCCUCUCUGUGUUUUUUAGUGAAAAAUAAGGAAAAUAAUUACUGUAGAUAAUUUGGUUUGUAUCUUUGAGUUAGGGUAGAGGCAGAAAAUGUUAUUGGGUAUAAUCUGAAUGUUUUGUGAUUUUUGUGGUUGAUGGAAAAUCAGUCGUGAAAGAGCUGAAGAGCUACUCUAAUGUGAUAAGAGACUGUGAUAUUGUAACUCAAAAAAUUAUUAUUCAUGACAAGUGUAGGUAUCUGUAGUUCUAAACGAGGGAUUUAAAGAAACUUCAAGAUGACUGACUACUGCCGCAUUACAGGGCAUGCCCGUAACUUGCCCAAACCUUGUUACUUCCCCCUUCUACCUCCAAUUACUCCAGCUGACGCGAAAAAGUUGGGCAGGCUCACUGGAAAAGCCCCCGUGGUGCACACUUUCAGCCCUAUCAUUGCCUUCGGAAAGCCCCUUAGGUUCGAUGGCGUCGAGGGGUGUAAAAUCACAAAGUAUGAGGACUGUAAUUAUGUCUACAUGGUCUUCGAGAAGAUGAAGGACAAUGAGAUGACCUUCUAUGACCUGGAAUCAACCUUCAACAAAAUCAAGGGAAAGCGCAAGAGACGUGUUGAGACGGACAGGGAGUUCGUUUACCAAGUGCCGAACCAGAAGACGAGCCUGGUCGUUUCGCCGGAAAUGGAGGAAGCCAUCAGGAGGGGAGAUGUAGAGAGUGUGUCCAUGAGUAAAGACAGCAAGUACAUCAAUAUCAAGGUUACACAUGGAAGAAUUGUCAAAAUCAAAUGUAAACCCAUGAGCUAUGUAGAUGUCCAGGAGAGAGAUAAUCUUUAUUAUGGCUCAGGACAGAGCAAGGAAGUUCUGGAAGAGCAGCAGAGGAUUCUUAACGAGCGCAACAAGAAGAAGUCAAACACAAUGGCAAGGAAGAUGCGGUUCGAAGGACUUGAACAAAAGGCAGAGGAAGAAUAUCUCAGGGACACUGUGAAACCUCCUUUCAAGAAGCCACGUGUGAAGUUCAAUGCAAAGCAGAGGGCCGAAAAGCUAGCGAGAAUGGAAGCGAUGAUGAGGGAACAGGCUCAAAAUAAAGCCAUUGUCCUGCCUAAGCUUGACACGAAGAAGGCACCGGAUGAACAGUUGCAGUAUGAGAGGAUGUUCUCUGAUAUAACAACAGCUCAGGUCACGUCCAUCAACAUCACAAUUGUUGCCUCAGGUUUUGAUUGGGCAGAAGCGGAAGCAGCGGAAAGUGCCGGUUUUGACUGGGAUAGCUUCCCCCACGAGGAAUGGAUUGAUCCUUUAGAAGUAGAAGAACAUGCUGUGAAAAUAGAAGAAGCUGUUGUAAGGGAGGAUAUAACAAAAUUAGAGAUUGUAGCAACAGUUGAGACAAUCACACCCUCAUUUGCCAUGUCAAACGAUGUUACCAAGGCUGUGGUAGAAAUGAAAGAGGAAACUAUUCUUAAGAAAACAGAGAAUGUUUCGGAGACUCUGAAAUCUAUGAAAGAUAAAGAACUGGUACCCAAAUUUGAUGAAGUAUGUAAAAUUGCUGCCAAUAUUGAUAAAGCUGAAAUUGGUUUUAUGGUACAUAAAGAGGAUGGUGUCACAUUUGUAUCCAAGUCAGAAUAUACAGAAACAGGACAAAAAGCUGUGUCUGGUGCUAUUGUUGAAGUAAACGAAGAGAAAAAGUUUGUUGCUGGUCAGGUUAUUAAACUUGCUGAUCAGGAAUCUUUCAUUGCUGGCCAAACUGUUGAAACUCCUGAAGGUAAGAAGUUUGUACCUGGUCAAACUAUCAUGAACAGGCAAGGUGAGAUUAACUUCCUUCCUGGUGAAUGUGUUAAAGGGCUUGAUGAAGAGAUUAACUUUGUGGCAGGUCAGAUAUUCCACACCCCAGAUGGACCUAAGUUUGUUUCUGGCCAAGUUAUGGACAUUGGGGAUGGUAAGAAAACAUUCGUUGCUGGUCAAACAGUCAGUACUGAAGAAGGACCAAAGUUCACUCCUGGUGAAGUUGCUACUGAUGUUUACGGUGAGGAGGUGUUUGUCCCUGGUUUGAAAAUGCCCACGGCAGAUGGAGGGAAAUUCGUUGCAGGUCAAACAUUCCAGUCGGAGGAAGGCAUUACCUUUAAACCAGGUCAAAUUUUGGAUACAGUUGAAGGCCCCACAUUUGUUCCUGGUAAGACAUUCGUAACUCCAGAAGGUAAAAAGUUUAUCAAAGGUGAUAUUGUCAAGGAUGACCAAGGCAAGCUUAAAUUCGAACACCGACCAUUUGAGGUUGAGAAGAUAAGUGAAUGGCUUGUUAUACCAAACCGUGAACUUCAGCCCAUUGCCUUUGCUGAUAGGAAUGUUGCUGGGUUCAUUGUCACUCCAACAAAUACCGAUGGCAUCCGGGCGGGUGAAAAGUUACAUGGAGACAUGGUUGAAACUCAUGACACUGUGCAGUUCUAUAUAUCUGGUAAAUUGCCAAAGGAUUUGUCACCAGAAGCAAAGAUAAUUCCAGGCCAAUUGAUAGUAAAUGCAGACGACAAGAGAUUCAUUCCAGGUAAACUGAUGGAUACCCUAGAAGGAGAGAAAUUUGUUCCUGGACAGCUUGUGAAUACAACACAUGGAGAAGAAUUUAUACCAGGCCAGGUUGUUGAAAGUUCUGAGGGACCAAAGUUUGUACCAGGUCAACUUGUCAUGACAUCUCAGGGAGAAAAGUUUGUGCCAGGUCAGGUUAUAGUAGAGGAUGAAGGUCCUAAGUUUGUACCAGGCCAGAUUAUCCAGACCAAGAAUGGUGCCACCUUUAUUCCAGGUCAGAUGAUGACCACAGAUGAAGGCCAGCUCUUUGUUCCAGGUCAGUUGGUUGACACAAAUGAUGGCCCACGUUUCGUACCUGGUCAGGUGGUUGAGAGUCAAGAAGGGCCCAAGUUUAUUCCUGGGACAAUUAUUGAAACAGAUGAAGGUCUCAAGUAUGUACCGCCAGACGCUGAUGAGUAUGAUGAGGACUUUGAGAUUUCCUUCCAAGGCUAUGAAGUCAGUCCAGAGGAACUUAAGCUGCUCAUGGUUAAUCCCAUCGAUGCUCGUCCUCAUUCACCUAUCAUGAAUGAGGAAUGUCUCAUUGAUUCUGCUACACUGAAGAAAUUAGCCGCCGAAUCUGUUGUUGUCCAUGGAGUAACCCCUGAACCACCUGCUCCAGAGAAGAAGAGGAAGAGGAAGAGGACAAAGGUACAGAUUGACAUGGAAGAAGAAAAAAUGGAGGUGGAAGAGCCAGAUGAUGGUACAGAAUUAUUAGAACUGCUUAACAAAUUCAUCAAGGCAACUUCAUGCAUAAAUCAAGCAAGAAAAGAAAAGGAGAUGAGAAAACUUUCAAAUAUUCUAGGCGAUUUUGAACACGAAACUAUACCCUCUGUACAGAUAGAUGCAAUGCUACGAAUCUUGAGCUUAAGUGAGAGUGCAAGUAACGCGUUCCGAGCAUUCUUUGGCGAGGAUGAAGAAACGAUUAAUUUCAUUGCUGAGAAUAUCGAUGAUACAGAUACUAUGACAAGGAAUGAUGAGGCUAAGAAGGCUCUCAAAACAUCCAUCCAAGGUGUUAUUACCAGUAAAUGUGACAAGGAAAUAGAGGACAUCAUUCACCUUCUAGAUAUUAAUCCUGAUAACUUGCUGACAGACCAGAAGAUCCAAGUUCUCUUGACAGAGGCAGUUGGUAUCGUCUGUGUUACAGGAAAUGUUGAGGUAGCGGCCAUGCUUGAGAAAUUCAUAUCAGAGCCUUCAGAUCCAAAUACACUCCGUGACAACAACGACGUAGUGAAAGUCCUUCGACAGCUUCUGGUCUUGCACCAGAUUGCAGAACGUGAUCCUGAGGUUGCUCGAAUACUCGAGGCACUACAGAACAAUCCUGAAGGCCUGAAGGACCGGCGAAGAGUAAGAGAACUACUGAGAAAUGCCAACACGUUCCUCUGCAAGCCCGACGCCAAUUCCAAGAAGAAGUUUGACAUCCGUCACGUCGCUUCGUCCAAAGACAUUCCAAAGGAGAUAUUCGAGCAGAUCAAAGAGGACAAGAAAGAGGCUGACAGGUUCAUCCAGAAUCUCCCAGACGAGCUCUUCGCGGCCAUCAUGGGAGACAAGAGAUGCGGAGAAUAUCUCCUAGGCUCCCUGGACUCUGAAAAGACCGGAAGGGCCAAAUCUGAGCUGGACAAGUUCAAGAAGGGCAUGGCCAUCGUGGUGACGAAGGAGAACAUGCAGGCCGUGAUACCGAAAGAGUAUUCUCGAUCCGUGUGCUAUGGCAUCAUACCCUACAUCCUCAUUGACGAAGAGGGAUUCAAGUUCUUCGAGCGAGGUCUCACUGGCAGGAAGCUGGCUCCUGCGAGGGUCAUAGAAAACACGUGGUAUAUGCCCGACUCCUAUUACAUGAAGAAACCCUCGUUUGAGAGGACUAUGCUGGGAGAACAGUACAGCAUGACGAUGCUGGGCAGGAGGAAAGCUUCUACGACUCGCGAAUUGCUCUACACUUCGUUGCUACCCUCUGCAGGCCCCACUAGACUUUGCUAUAAUAACGAGGUCAAUGGUGAAGUAGGAGGAGGUGAGCUGGUCCCAUAUCGGACUCAUCAUGCAAGCAAUAUAAUUUGGACUGACUUAGACGGUGCUCCACUCACUGUUCACCGUAAGUCUCAGCAUCUCGGAUACGAUUUUGGCGAUCUAGAUCUUCCUCACCUCAACAGGCGACAGUCAUAUGCUGACUACGAUGAUGAUGUUGACCAAGAUCUGAUCCCUCGUAGGCAACAAAGACGGUCCAUAACUAAUAAUCUGGAGGUGGGCGACUAUGACAUAGGCUCCUUUAUCUACAGAAGACCAUCCAAAGAAGAAAGGGAAGAGUAUGGAGAACAUUACAGAGCAACUAUGCCUUUCCAGCCAGUUAUUGUUGAGGAAGAAACAGACGCACCACCAGUGUCAUCCCUGUGCCGCUCUGACACAGUUGCAAAUCUACUGACAAAGUAUGCAAAUUUCUCAACCAAGCGAGAAUUUGGUUACAAAGCGCCAGAUAGUGCUUGGUCACGUCAUAUUGGCAAGACAAGAGAUUUUGUGUCAACACUGCCGGAUUAUGAAGAAGAGCCACUACAGCAGGGUAGCAAUAAUGAUAUGGCACUCGUUCCUUUAGCUAAAUCUCAGACUCCCACACGAUAUGAUGAUGAUGUUAGUUCAGCUCGCAUUGCAAGCCCCAAGGAACGUUCGCGUUCUCACACCCCUCUUGGAAUUUCAAGCCCCAGGGAAAAUUCAAUCUUUCAAAGGGAAUCCAUGGAUGAUGGCUUCAGGGAAAGAUCCAAGGGUCGUGAGAGCUCUUUCUUGGCCAGAGAAGACUCCAGUAUCAGGACCAGGCGGUACGAAGGCUCUCUGUCAAGUCGCGAGCUAUUGGGUAGGGACUCUAUUUACAGCAGCCGUGAAGAGCCUAGCAUCCCACCAUCACGAAAACGCUUUUCUAACAUUUAUGAAGAAGAUGAUGAAACUCUUCCCACUAGUCCGAGACCAAGAGAGGAGAAAGAACCAGAACCAGUUGCAAGUGAUGUUCCAGAUUACUUGAUGCAGUCGCCUGAGAUGAUGGGUCCAAGGGCACGUCCUGGGGGCGCCCUGGAACGCUACAGGCAGAGAAAGGCCAGAGAAGCCCAGGGAAUCUUUGAACAUCCUGAUUACUCUAAAUACUAUGCAGAAGAGGAGAGUAACUUACCUCCUGCUCCUCUGAAGAAAACACAACCUCAACCAACUGAGAGGAAACCAGAGAGGAAAGAAUCACAAGAUGAUGUGCAGAACCAUAAAUCUGAUCCUCAGUACACAGAUGGAACCUCGGUUAGGAAGGCACGGGAAUCGAGCAGCAAAAUUAGUGAGGACUCACAACACAGGGGGCAGCAGGACACAUACAAUCAUGCACCCCACUGUCCUCAUAGCCGAAAAUCACGUGACCCUUACAGCCCACCUCCCACUGACAGGAGGCAGCGAUCAUCACAAGAUCCGUACCAACGAUCAAUCUCUGAUCCGUACGGUCGCCCAGCUCCUAACUACGGGGAUAUAGGAAUGGAGGAUCCAUAUGGCAGAAUGCCACCAGAUCCAUAUGGCAGCAGGUAUCAGGAUCCAUACUCUAAGCCAAUGCAGGAUCCUUAUGGCGGAAGAUACAUGUACGAUCCCUACGGUGGCAGACCGAUGCAAGAGCCCUAUGGGCGACCUCCACCGAACCCAUACAGAAGUCAGGGUGCCGAGGAAGAUCUUGACAGUCGGCCAAGCAGGGGCAGACAAGUCAGACGAGGGGUGCAGGCAGAAGAGAGCAGCGAAGCACAGUACGGAAGAGAAUACGGCACGGGGCGCCAGCCCUACGGGAGAAACACGGAAGAAUACGGCAACGGCUACAGCUCAAGUUACAGUGCAGGUUACAGCAGCAGUAGUAGUUCCAGGCACGGAACUAGAGGGUACGGAGGAGAUUUGAGUAACGGGACUGAUGUCUUCACGGAGAGGAAGAGUCGAGUCGUCGGGCAGAUCAUGCCUUUCAUAGACGAGGACGACAGAAGUGGCCGAAGUCUCACUCCCAGAGAGGAGGAGCGCAGGGCCGUUGGGAAGCUCGCUCAGAAAUACCUGAAGCCCAGAGCUGUUCGAGAUCAGUACCUGGACGACGAUGAUUAAAGCUUGGGUGAUGGUUGUUAUCUCGAAACUCAAGACUUCCGUAGGGAAAAGGAAGCUUUUGUACAUAAUGUUGUUAUUUGUUAGCUUUGCAUAAAUAUCCCAUUGGUUUUUUGAUAAAAUAUGGCAUCUUAGCAUUUUAAGGUAUAUCAUAUAUGCAACACUUUAGUCUAGAGUACCUCUUGAGCUUGAUGGAUUCAUGAUUUAAGGAAGAAGAAGAUGAAACAAUGACGAUUCCUUUGUUCAAAUUCAGAUGCCAAAAAAAAAGAUAUAACAUAAUUUUCUAUUGGAUGUACAUAUCUAUAUCGGUUGUUACUUAUUUGUUAUGUAUGAUUUUUGACAAUAAUUUUUUUUUGAUAUUAGUGAACCUCUGUGAAAAUAAUGUACCCUGAUUUGGUCAAUAAUGUCAGUCCUGACAUUAAAUCAUAGUUUUUGUAGAUCAUGUUCCACUGAAGGCCAUUUUGGUAUGUCCAUUUUAACCCCUCACUGUGCCCUUACAUUACCUCAUUUGAAGGACCAUCGAGAAGUGAAUUAUUGACUAGCUCAGCUUGAAGAAGAAACACUGAAGACAUAGAACUCUGAUGUAUGUAAUAAGGAGAAAGCAGUAGUCUAUAACCUUUUGUAACUUACUGAGGAUAUUGGCCUGUUGUCAGCCAAAGGUAAUUUGUAUAUUGCUGAGCAAAGAAGCAAUUAAUCCAAAUAGCUGGUGCCAAUUUGAUUUCCUCGUUGCUUCUGCAGAAUGAUAUUUAGUGCCUAUUCUGUCAGUACUUAAAAAAACACCGUUUAUAUCUUUGUUUCUACUGAAAGAAUAUCUUGAAGGGUUAGUAUGCCUGACUGAUAUCUACUGGAAGAAAUUAUGUAAACUCCUCAAGAUGUUUCAUUGUUGUUGAGUGACAUAAUUCCUGGAAAGUCUUCAGCCUUAGUGAGCAUUGGACUAUUCUCCCUCAGGUCUUUCUUAAUCAGGUUUGGUAGCAGUAAUGUAAUGACUGUAAAGGAAAAACAAUUAGGAUGAAGGAGAGAACACAAGGAAACCUCCAAAAACCUUCGAGAUAUAACUUGAAGAAAGAAGUGAUAUAAGAACAGUGGCUUAACCAUAACAGAUGUAUCAAUUUUUGUUUCUAACUAAACUGGAGAUGUUUUGUAUUUUGAAGGAACUUUGCUGCAGGUUUCCGCUAUCAAUUUUCAUUUCUUUUUUUAAUUUAUUGGUUUAGUUUUUCUGUUGAUCUGCCCAGCUGCUUCUUUUGUUUUGAGUUAAACAUUCUGCUUUCAGUCGAAGGGCAAAUGACGUUCAAUGCUGCCAUAUGGAAAAGAAAUUGCUGUACGAAAUAGGUUUAAUUUAUGCAUAAUUUUUGUACGUUUUCAUUUCAAGUAUAUGUGGCUCAAACCCCUUUUUCCUCAUUUCAUUUAGAGUUUCUUUCAAAUGUCUAUUUGUACCAAGAAUCACAGCAUAUCAAAUGUUAUCACAGAGCUUUUUUUCACUGUUUAAAAUUCCCAAAAAUGUUGGAAAUACACAAAAGCUUCUGCCUAUCUUGCAAAAAAAUGGCCACUGCAGCCAGUCUUCCUUUCUGAUGUCAACAGAUGCUAAAGGAAAUGAUAAAUUCAUCACCGAGCCUUAUUUUGCUUGAGCUUGUUUGAGCAAGCUACAUUUUUUGGUUUAUUUUGUAAUCAAGCUUGUCUUCUGACUUAGUUUUUACGUUCUGAGUGUUGCUGGUAAACAAACUUCACAUUUCUUUCUUUUUUUGUGUUGGCAAAUAAAGUAGAACGGCUUAAGUAACAAUUUAUUUGUAUUUUGUAUUAGACAUAGGCAAUUUUUACGUUAGGCUUUUUACAUUGACAGUUAUCUUGAUUAACAUAUCACGUGACCACGUUGGGUAAUUUUUUUAAUUAGAUGAUACAGUUGACUUUAGGAUAACCUAUAGACAGGCUUCGUCAUCUUACCUUUAUUUUGCUUUAUUGAGAAGUAAAUUGAAGUAAGAUCUUUUGAGGAUAUUAUUUUUAGAUACAUUUGUGCAUGUAAAGUAAUUAUAUAUAUAAAUAUUAAUAU